AUGGGUUACUGGAAUAAAGAGACGAGAACUUCAAUGCGAUUUCAAGAUGCUUGCAAGGCUUUGGUUGAGAAACUAACUAGUCAUUUAGACAUUGGACGGGACAGUCAUAUCCUUGAUGUCGGAUUCGGCUGUGGAGAUCAGGAUGUGUACAUGGCUCAACUCUACCGACCAGCCAGAAUCACUGGCAUUACCAUUGAGCCGAUCCAGCACCAUGCCGCCCAGGAAUUGAUAAGACGCACCCAAACUCCAGAAACAGACAUUCAAUUGCAUGUCGCGGAUGCCUCAAAGCUGCCUGCGUUUCUCCAAGCCAACCCAGAUAUAUUUACUCGCUCUCAGCCCCAGUUCUCAAGCUCCUCAGAAUCUUCGGACACCUCAGAUAUGCGUUAUUUUACACACGUGGUCUCUAUUGACUCAGCGUAUCAUUAUAAUACACGCGUACAGUUUCUAAAGAAUGCAGCAGCUGUAUUAAUGCCAGAAACAGGUCGUCUGGCCUUAGCAGAUAUGAUCCUUGCGAGACCCGCUCCAACCUCAGGCUUUGGUCAGAAAAUAUUCAAUGCUGUGUUUAGUGCUAUCGAAGUCCCUGUAACUAAUAUGAAGACCAUUGAGGCUUAUAAACAGGAUCUGGUAGAUGCAGGGUUUGUGGAUAUUGAGAUUGAAUGUAUUGAGGAGUUUGUGUUCUCAGGCCUGGCCUCUUAUAUUGACAAUCAGUUGGGUCGACUAGGAGGACUCGUUAAGCCAGGUGUCAACUGGACCUACUGGGGAUUGUCCAAGGGGCUAUGGUGGUUGGAUCGAUCCAAGUGGUUACAUUUCGUCAUAGUCAAAGCAAGGAAUGGUCAUAAACAAAACAAGGCUUUCAAGCAUUAA